GCCACGUUCGGCUUGGCGGUAGCCAAUAGGACACGAGCCCUACUGAGAGUAAUGUUACAGAGCCGAGAGCAGAGUGAGAAGACUGCGUAUCGCUAUUACCUCCACACAGCCAUUGCAGUACAUUGAGAAUCGGCAGCAGUCUUUGGGAUAUCAGGAAGAUGGGGAAAGACCCAGCAAAACCAAGAGGCAAAAUGUCCUCUUAUGCCUAUUUUGUCCAGACCUGUAGAGAGGAACAUAAGAAGAAACACCCUGACACAUCGGUCAACUUCUCAGAGUUCUCUAAAAAGUGCUCUGAGCGGUGGAAGACUAUGUCAGCCAAGGAAAAGGGCAAGUUUGAAGAGAUGGCCAGACUUGACAAGGCGCGUUAUGAGCGGGAGAUGAAGAACUAUGUUCCUCCCAGAGGCGAAAAGAAGAAGAGGUUUAAGGACCCCAAUGCUCCCAAGAGACCCCCGUCGGCCUUUUUCAUUUUUUGUGCGGAGUAUCGGCCCAAGGUGAAAGAGGAGACCCCAGGUCUGUCUAUUGGAGAUGUGGCCAAGAAGCUUGGAGAGAUGUGGAACAAGACCUCUGCUGAAGAGAAGCAGCCUUAUGAAAAGAAGGCAGCCAAGCUGAAGGAGAAAUAUGAGAAGGACAUUGCUGCAUAUCGAAAGGGAAAAGUUGUAGGGGGUGCUGCCAAAGCACCCACCAAGCCAGACAAAGCUGAUGAUGACGAUGAUGAUGAUGAUGAUGAUGACGAGGAGGAUGAAGAUGAGGAUGAUGAGGAUGAUGAGUAAAUUGGUUACAAAGUAGAGCUUAGAUUCUUGUUUAUAAAAGCAUUUAACCCCCUGUACACACUUAACUAUGGCCAUAAAAUAGGCAAAUGUGGAAAAGUGAAAAAGUUAAGACAGUGUAUAUUAUAUGGUUUUUAAGCUGUACAGUCCCCCCUUUUGUAUAGUAACACUACAAAAGUGUAAUGUGUUUGUCUCUCCUCCUAUCCACUCCUGUUUCACAAUACUUGGAAUUUCAUCACCUUCUUUUUAUUUUUUUUUUGGGUAAUGGUAGUCCCUAAAGCCACUAUAUUACCCCAUUACAGUCUAGUUGGAAUUGAGGCGUGGGGAGGGGGUUGAAUAAAAAAUUGGCUUGGAAUUGGAUAUUUAGGUUGCAUAUCACACAACCUAGUUUAAUGUGAGGUUGUAGUUCACAUCUUUUAAUUAAUUUUUUUCUUCUUUUUAAUUUCUUUCACAUCACUAUUGUUAGUAAAAUUCCGUAUCAGUUAUUUUAUUGUACUUCGAAUACCACUGUAAUUGCCACAAUGAUUAAAAGAAGAGAAAAAAUGCAAUUGUUACAUUGACAUUCUGGUAUGCUUCUGACAUCAAUAAACUUUUUUUUUUUUUUUUAAUAAAAAUGUUUUCAGUUUUCUACAUUGCAAUAAAAUUGGGCUGGGAGGUUGAGAAUAAAAUUGAAUUUAGUUUUUGUGUA